CAGUGUUUGACCAAUGAGGAGGCUGGAAUGUGGUGGGCAUGUGGAUUGGUUUCUUGAAUUGCUGUGCUGAAAGCUAAAAUGAGAGAUUUCCUAAUUUACAGCUGCAUAAAUGUGACCUUGUUAAAAAAAACCCAACAACUUACAGUUCCAUUGUGAUAUAAACUUGUAGGUGAUAUAGCCUUGGAUAGUCGGUAGAAAAUACCUUGAAUUGGUUAUUACUUUAGCCGCUUUUGAAACAUGGUCCUCUGUGAGUUAGACAUUCCAAUGAAGCUCGUAAUUGCCAAGAACCAUUAAAAUUGACAUUUCCCGGUCUCCUGACAAGAAAAAGAUGUCAAACUGCAGCCAAAUCAUGCUCCAAUCAUACACUAAGACAGCGGUUUUCAAAAUGUGGGUGAGGAGGACUCCCUUGAAUGAGGUCACCAAGACUGGCUUAUAUUUGCUGCGGUCUGGGGCUGAAACCUGAGCCCUACUGCUAAAGCAUUCCCUUGGUUUGGAAUGGAUAUUGGUGGAACAUUGGUUAAACUGGUCUACUUUGAACCAAAAGACAUUACAGCAGAAGAGGAACAGGAAGAAGUAGAAAACCUGAAAAGCAUUAGAAAAUACUUGACUUCCAAUACAGCAUAUGGUAAAACAGGCAUUCGUGAUGUCCAUCUUGAACUGAAAAACUUGACCAUGUGUGGACGCAAAGGGAAUUUGCACUUCAUCCGUUUUCCCAGCUGUGCCAUGCAUAGAUUUAUACAGAUGGGUAGUGAAAAGAACUUCUCCAGCCUGCACACUACACUUUGUGCCACUGGAGGUGGGGCUUACAAGUUUGAAGAGGACUUCAGAACGAUUGCUGAUCUGCAGCUCCAUAAACUGGAUGAGCUGGACUGCUUGAUCCAGGGCCUGCUGUAUGUUGAUUCUGUUGGGUUUAAUGGCCAGCCAGAGUGCUAUUAUUUUGAAAAUCCCACCGAUCCUGAACAGUGUCAGAAAAAGCCUUACUGCCUUGAUAAUCCAUAUCCAAUGUUGCUGGUUAAUAUAGGCUCAGGGGUCAGCAUCCUAGCCGUGUAUUCCAAGGACAACUAUAAAAGAGUAACAGGGACCAGUCUCGGAGGUGGCACAUUCCUGGGCCUGUGCUGUUUGCUGACUGGCUGUGAGACUUUUGAAGAAGCACUAGAAAUGGCAGCUAAAGGAGACAGCACUAAUGUCGAUAAACUGGUGAAAGAUAUUUAUGGGGGAGACUAUGAACGAUUUGGCCUUCAAGGAUCUGCUGUAGCAUCCAGCUUUGGCAACAUGAUGAGUAAAGAAAAAAGAGAUUCCAUCAGUAAAGAGGACCUGGCCAGAGCUACCUUGGUCACUAUCACCAACAACAUUGGCUCCAUUGCUCGCAUGUGUGCACUGAAUGAGAACAUUGACAGAGUGGUAUUUGUAGGAAACUUUCUCAGAAUCAACAUGGUCUCUAUGAAAGUGCUAGCAUAUGCUAUGGAUUAUUGGUCCAAGGGGCAGCUGAAGGCUCUGUUUUUGGAACAUGAGGGUUAUUUUGGAGCUGUUGGGGCCCUUCUGGAAUUGCUUAAAAUGACAGAAGAUCAGUGAGGACACCAGCUAGAAAGAGAUACCUGUCACAGAUGCUGCUGGUUAGAAUGAAAGCCACUAGAAGGAUGGAAAUGAAGCCAUUAUGGCAGUUCUACCUGCUGGAUUUGUAAAUAAUAUAAAAUCCUUUUAGCUGAUAUCUAACUUUUGGGUUUUGAGCUUAUACUUCAAAAUUCAUACUGGGAAUAAAAAAGCUUUUUUUCUGUAUACUGUAUUUUUUAGGAACAAAAUCUGUGCAACGUGGCCAAACAUGCAGAUUUUAUGGAUUGAUUUUAAAAUGUGCAUACUGUUUAAAGAAGGACCCAUACUAUGAGACACCUGCAUUUCUUCUGGGGUUUACUGAUUAGUUGUGGUAAUUUUAACUUCAUCUAGUAAUCACUCUAGGAGAUUUUUAUCUUAUAUUUUUCAUGACGUUUCAUGAUUUGCUCUUGGUUUCAAAUGAAACUACAAAGCUGGCACAUUUUACUGUGAACACUAAACUAAUUAAUUUUAUUGCCUUCACUUUUUUUUAUUUAAAAAGAUCGUCUUCCCUAUUCUCCCUCCUGUAAAAAUAUGACCUUUCUAUGGUUACCUGUGUUUCUAUUAACAAGAAGCACUAAAAGGCCUGCUGAGAUGGGGAUAAGAUUUGUGUAGUCACUGGCACCUUCUGAAGUCCUGAAUGAAAAUAACUGCUUAGUGUUGUAUCAAAGCCCCUUGCAUUUUGGCUCUUCCAUUCUGAAAUUUUUUAUUAUUGAGUCAAAACUAAAACAAAAUCUUGUUAUGGUAAAAGUCAUCUAUGAAAAAAGCUCUAUGGUACAGAUGUUAUUUAUACAGUUACUAAGUAUUAGAAAAUAACAAGGGAGAAUAAUUUCAGUAUGUCCGCGGACUUUACUGUUGUCAUUACGUUAACUUUUUAAAAUGUUGUCUUCAUCAAAGCAAUUUGGUGGCUUAACUAAUAUUUAAAUCCCACUUUCUAAAAUUAGAAUACAUUCUUAAUGCAUUAUAUAUUGGAUUAGGAAUUAAAGUAAAAUUUUGCCUCCAGAACUUAGUAAAGUCUGAGUAUUUUUUCCUAAAUAAUUCUGUCUUCUAAAUCUGUAAUUGAAAGACAUCUUUUUUGAUAUGUCAUAUGAUGUACAGGGUCCCUCAGAGAGGCCGUACAAUUUUAGGGGGCACGUGUUCUCUGUGAUGCAUUUUGGUUUUGGAUUUUUGUUUCUGAACACUUUAAUUUCCAUCUCUCAAACCUUGAAUAACUUGAUACUAACUGAAGUAUUGACUUGUCUGCUGGAAAUAAAGCCCUUUACUGUGUGAUGGGUUUAA